CUUUUGUAAAAUAUAAUACAGAUUUUUCUGAUACAUGGCUUUUACUUGUAUUAACUUUUACCUACUCAUUAUGACAGGAGUUAAUCCUAUUAUUUGAUGAAAGAUUAAUAUCUAAACUAUAAUAAAAUUAUGGAUUAAGGUAUUUUCAUAAACUUUAAUAGAAAAAAAAUACUAUUAAAAGAUGGGCUCUUUCCACAUAAGUUGAGUUUUGUAAUAAAAUUUUAGAAAAAGUACUCGAUGUUUAAAUACAUCGAUGUUUUCAUCCGAUACAUCGAAAGAUAUCGAUGUAUAGUAGCGAUGUAUCAAAUAAAAAAAUGCAUCGAUGUUUUUUCAGAGCGGACACCCCUACUGUGAAUUUCCACAUAUAUAAGUACUCUUUGAUUUCCACUUUUACACCCUAGAUUGUCCCUGCGGCAGGCAUGUCAGUAGGCGCUUUCAGCCUUUUGAUUUUGUUUAAAAAUAGGGAUGCCCAGUCUGAAUAGCCUUUUGUGAAAGGGCCUACUGACAUGCCUGCCGCAGGGACAAUCUAGGGUGUAAGAGUGGGGAUGACCCUUAAUUGCCUCCUGAAUUGUGAUGUGUGUAGCAAGUUGGGGCAAUUUUCUAAAUUGGGCCUGCGGCAGGGCGGCAGGAGCGCGCGACCACCCUUGCUCCCUAGAUUGUCCCAACCGCCCUGCUGCUGCCCUGUAACAUAUUUUUUGAUAACACUGGGACCAUCAUCAAAGCGUGUGUUUAGCUCAACAUACGCCCGAACACUGAAUAGCAGGCAUGUGUGUAGACGUAGAGACAAGCCGAUAUUGAACCGACCGCCGUGCACCCUAGAUUGUCCCUGCGGCAGGCAUGUCAGUAGGCACUUUGAAUCGAUUGAUGACAAUGUAAUCAUAAUAUGAUUUUUAAAAUCUGAUUAAUAGGAUUUCUAUAUUGAAUGAUUUCUAGCCCAGAAGAUCGUGUGAAAUAAUUACAGUAUACCGAAACCAAAAUUUCAAGCCUGAGGGUUAAAAAUAUAUCUUUGUACUUGCACACACUAGCAUUGUCGUGGUGAAUACAGGACCUAAUUAACUAUCUUGAACAAAAUCUUAUCACGUAUAGGUAGCGGCAAACUGCUUGAGCUACAGACAAAUAAACCGGCGCAGUAGACGUUUUAGAAGAAUAUAUAUAUAUUAUUCUGCAUCGUCAGAAUAUAUAUUAUUCUGACGAUGCAGACCUGAAAAGGCUGCGAAACGUCAAUAAAUAAAUAAAGUUUCGUGCAUUAAUCCGUUAAAACUAGCUUUAUUUAAUGAGUGAUGUGCGUGAAAACCUAAGAAACAAAUAGUAUAUUUGAUAGAAAAAAGUUGGUAACCCUAUAUAUAACGGACCCUGCUACCCGCCUUCCCCUUCUUCCAUUACAUCCAAACUAUAGCCAUAGUAUAUCUAUGACCGAGGCUCACUACAGGUAGCUACAGUUUAUAAACUCUUCUUGGUUGCUAUUCUUAAGUUUCCAUAUAAAAUGCUCCCCGCGGCGGUGGAAUUGCCUCAGGCUAGUAAUUUGCAUGUUCUGGAUACAAUCAGUAUCUUAGUCUAAGUCUUAGUAGAACGGCGGGCUGUUUCCGCAACUCGACAUCUAGUGCCUAUUUUGCGUGGGGAUUGACAUCAGUCCUGCCAUCCCAGCUCCUCCAGAAAGCUCAGCAGUCCCCGAACGUUACUGCAGGCCCUUACUAUAGUCUUCGGGCUUCCCAUUAGAGAAGUCCUUUGUCUUGCAACGCCCCUGCACUCCAGCAGCACAUGGGCGCUCGUCUCCUCGUCCUCCAGGCAGGCUCUGCACAGAGGGCUGUCAGAAAUACCUAUAUUACAAAGGUGUUUGUUGAAAUAGCCGUAACCCGUGAUUAUACCCACGAUUUGUUUUAAGGCUUGUCUAGGAAGUCUGAUUAACUUACGUGUUAGCUGCAGAUUUACCUUGGGAACGGCUUCCCUAGCAUGCCUGCAGUCCGUGAGUAAUACUUCAAGAUCAAAUAACAAUUUUCACAUCAAUACUUUUCAUUCGUAAAACCAUGAGAACAUUUUGUUUCUCAAAAAACCACGGUUUGCCGUGAAUGUUAUUUACUUUUUCACCAUUUGUUAUCAAGAAAAGGACAACAAUACAGCUCAGCCAUUUGUAGAGAGAGAGAAAAGAAAACGCAAUCGCCAAGCCUAGCGACGCGGUCUCGCCGUUUCGCACGCGCUGCAUUGAAGCGUAUAGUUCUGUCUCGCUCGCUCGAUUGAAUAUUUAUUUACAGAAGUGUGCACUUGAGAGUUGCUUAUGUAUGUAGUGACCGUAUCUUCCCUUUUUGUUUUAAUUAGCCCGGGAUGACAGAUUUUCAAAUACGUCCCAGCAUGAGGUCCAUGUGCAGUUGUCUAGCCCCAGUCCAAGGGCGGAUCCAGCUUUGGCGCUAGAGGGGGGGGGGGGGGGGUCAUAUAGUCGUGGUCAAGUCACAGUAGGUACAGAUUAUGAAGUACAGAUUGUGAAGUGGGUACAGAUGGACCCAGCCCAGGGUCUGGAUCCACCCUUGCCCCAGUCUAUCGUCUCGUCUUUCAGUCACGCACGCGGCUGGCAACGGAUCGAAGUCGACUGCGAGCGCACUCAGUGCUGGAUCGGCGUAUAGUGGCACAAGAAAGAGCAAGGCAGAACCGCCUCCGCCUAACAAUGCUGCCAGCAUCACUGUUAUGUAGUGUGUUAGCUUCUUAUUUGAAAAUCUUCAGUCCUUCGUUGCCCCAGGGCCUCUACAUCUCUAAAUCCAGGGCUGCAGUUACGCUAACUCAAAAGGUGAUUUCUAGGAUAAUAACUGUUCUAGGUUCUUUCCUGAAACGCAUGCUAUCUCUAUACUAAAUGUCAUCUAAAUCGAUUCCACUGUUUAAGCGUAAUGAGGUAACAAACAGAAACACUUUUGCAAGUAUAACAGUUGUCUCAGCAGCGAUUUCGGAACGAAUACAAAGGCGAAUAAAGUAUACGUAAAGUAUUUGUUUCUUAGGUUUUCACACACAUCACUCAUUACAUAAAAACAGUUUUAUUUAUACGCAAAGAGACUGUAUAUGUGUACAGUGAGUACAACAAAAAGCACUGCGGGAACUGUGAGAUGAAUAAAGAACUGUCAAGCGUAAACUGGCAUAUAAUUUCGAACCCCGUCCCGACACGUAACAUAUCUUAACUUGUAACAAAAAAAUAGAAAAAAGUAGGUUUUUUUUCACUUUUUAGGUGACCCUUACCCCCAGGUGAGGAGGGCCUCAAUGCCCCUAAAACUCGGAAAUUUCAAAAAUUGGAUUUGAUAUCCAAUUCGAGUUCAGGAUAUUUUUGGGUACCUACCUAAUGUUUCUGUUAUAAAUCUUUACUUUGUUACCUACUAAGGUACUAACUAGGUAUGUCAAAGUCAACUAAAGUAGGUCAAUCAGCAUGCUCAAUAAUGAAUGCAGGCGUAAACAGAACUCCCCCCGCCUUCGAGAGGACAAUCACCUACUUUAUCGGCCGAGUCAAUCGGCAAACGCAGCGCGCAGGACUGAAUGCCGCGCAGGCGUACAGAGACCAAGCUACUGUAUAAAGCGGCAUCGGCAGUCUGCUAAGCAUGGGUUGACGCGACACAACCAAAAUGAGGGGCGGAAGUUCAGAAAGGCUGGUCGUGCGACCUUCGCGACGACGAGGGGACACUCGCGCGAAGCUAACACGCUACAUAACAGUGAUGCUGGCAGCAAUGUUAGGCGGAGGCGGUUCUGCCUUGCUCUUUCUAGUGCCACUAUACGCCGAUCCGGCGUUGAGCGCGCUCGCAGCCGACUUCGAUCCGGUGCCAGCCGAGUGCGUGACCGAGAGACGCGACGACAGACUGGGGCUAGACAACUGCACGUGGGCUUCAUGCCGGGAGGGCUGUACCAGCGAUGCGUACAAAUGCACGCAGCUACACGUCAAGUACAAGUCUCGCGCGGAGGAUUGGCGGCCGGCCGUGCUGUUCGUGAACAUAAAGGGGUGCGGAUACCCGCCGUCCGUCGACUGCGAGAACUUCACCACAAGCUACGGAUACGUCGGUGCGAAGUAUCCGUGCUUCUGGUCGAGAGCUGAUACGAGCGUAGUGGUCCCGAGAUGGUCGAGAGGCGAGCAAGUGGCUACUGUGACGAGGACAUUGGCGCUCCCGCUGUUCCUGUCUGGGUGCGCGGGGAUAGGUUUGUGUGCGCUCCACUGCGAGUGCAAACCGCGUCGUCGAAGGCGCCCCCCUCGCCGCCCGCCCCGUCUUCCCACACUCUCCCCAGAUGACACAUCAGUCUACCGCCUAGCUUAGAGAACAGACAAGGUCCAAAAUACAAAUGAGUGAAUCUAUUUUACUACACCUUACAACCUACCUUUGAAACUAAAAUUUUAAUUUUGGACUGCUAUUAUUAUGUAAAUAUUGAAAUGAAAGUGUAAAUAGAAUAAGUUUAAUAAAUGACUAUGUACUGGUAGACGAUCAUUGGAGCUUUUUAUUUAUCAUUUUACGAGUAUGUUACUUCAUUCUUUAGGUAGGUACAUAAUUAUUCGUGGUUUUGAGGAGCUCAUCAGAAG